CCUAAGAUUGAGCUUCCUACAGGAUACAGAACGUGGAGUAAACUUUCUUCUCAUCACAACCACAUUGGCAACGAUGGCCCUCCGUGAAGCAGUGUCAUCAUUUCGCACUGCCUCACGAGCGGCUUUGCGACCACUGCCCCAGUAUCACACUAAUGCUCUUGCUGUGCGAUACAACUCUACAGCAGCUCUCGAUUCAGCAUCAGAAGAUCUCGAACCGUCAUCCUCCUUUGGCGCGAGUGCACCUCAAGAGGACUUGGUGGCACAAUUUGACCCACUAUCAUGGAGUAGGGGAAGGAAAAAACAGCUUCCUCCGAGCAGAUACCGCUACCGACCCCCGAAGUACUAUCGUGGACCUCUUCAUCCCAAUCAGCCGCCUCCUGAAUCAGAUCCAGCUUCUAGGGCAUUUCGACCUGGUCCUUUCAUGAAGACGCGUCUAGAACAGACUCACGAAGCGACUAUAGCCGCAGACUACAUGACUUUGGUAUACCAGCAUUAUCCUCCAGGCACACGACCAUCAAAAUCGGGACAACGGCUACGAGAGUGGGUUGGCGACUCUCCGUAUUUUGAAAACCGACCUCUCAGAGCGCCUCGGGGAGGGACUACGCUUUCGCCGGUCCGAAAACCAAUCACUUUCCGCAAUGUCCCGCGCAUUACGGGGGUCACUGUGCAUUCAUUUUGCAAAGACGGCAUUAGCGAAAGCGCUUACAUCCACGUUGCCAGUAUGAUCGUGCAGUCUGUUACAAAUGUACGCUGUCAGACACACGAAAGCAGAACGACCGUCCAGCAAUGGGCCUACAAGGCGCGCAGGACUGUAGCUGUAAAGGCGAAGCUAGAUGUAGAUGAUGCACACGACUUCCUUGGCAAGACCAUAGACAUGGUGAUGCCUAAGAUCAAAGAUUACAGUGGCGUUUCUGGGACGUCCGGUGAUAGCUGUGGCAAUAUCAGCUUUGGGUUCACCCCGGAACAAGUUGCGUACUAUCCCGAGGUAGAGGCGAUUUUCGACCAAUAUCCACCUCAGAUGAUUCCUGGCUUCCAUGUUACAGUACACACAUCGGCCGUCAACGACCGAGAUGCGCGCCUACUCUUAGAGGCAUAUGGCAUUCCAUUUUAUGGUAAACAUGUAAACUAAGAGAGCAUCACAUCACUCUCAUGUAUAUAUUGUAACGAGAAACUGGGGCGAGUGACGGCACUCGCUCUUGGUCUGGUAUGUAAUAAAACUCUGAAAGCUUGUAUGCCAACUAUGAAAUUGUCCUAUGGUAUCAUGUUGCUUCUGUGUAUACACAAUGCUCAGCAUUCUGAAUGCUGAUCUUGUGUCCGUCGUAUCCAGCACCAAAAACCUACAGCAUGUCUACAAGUCUCAAUUUGGCGAGGGAGGCUUGCGUGCGGGCUUGGAGGCCUGGCGAUGGAACUUUCCACCUUGUACAUGUUUGCGCUAUGCCAGACUCGGACGGAAAAUGAAUCACGUGCUGACGUGAUGCGUCGCGUCAGUGGCGGAUUAGGCAGCCC